AUGAAAUUGAUCGCAUCCAUUAUCGUAAUCAUUACACUUUAUAUUGAUUGGUCUUUAGCUCAUGGAUCAACGGCUCGCAUCCAAGAAAUCUUUAUUGGCCGUUGUUCAGAAUAUCAAGCUGUAAAUAAAUUGCAACGUCAAGUUGAUUGUAUUCACGUAUGGAAUCAAUUCAGCCGUGUGUUUGCAUUUAAAGAACCUUGUGCCGUUAAUGCAAGUGAAUAUGAUAACUUUAUUAAAGAAGUUUCUUCUGUGUUUUGGUCCGGAACUUAUAGCUUUGCACACCUCUACAUCAGAGCUGUUAAAAAUCUAGAAACAUUGGAAAAUACUUUUCCUGGAUAUUUAGUGAAUAGUCUUAGUUGGUGCGGGCAACUAGCCCUGCCUGGUAUCAACUACAAUGACUGCCAUGAUCCUCAACAUUGUAAUAACAAAAAUUCUGGAAUUUUUUGGUCUAAAAUGUCGACUUGGUUUGCUCAAGGUUCAAGCGGAACGGUUCGAGUUCUACUCAAUUCUAGCCGCAUUCCAGCAUUUGCUCCCUAUAGCUUUUUUGCCAGAUAUGAGCUUCCUAAUUUAUCACCUAGUAAAGUAAAUAAAAUCGAAAUCAUAGUGGUUCAUGAUCUUGAUAUGAAAGUAAAUCAAAGUGAACGAUGCGGUGCUGGUUCUAUCAAAACUUUACAAGAUCUCAUUCAACAACGAAAUAUUGCCUGGAGUUGUUCCGAUAAUCCAAGCUCUGUACAAGAUAUCCUCUGCGCUGCAAAUCCCACUCACUUUCAGUGUCAAAGCAUCCAUGGAGUACUUAGAGUGGUGACAUUGGCCGGAUUGGGUGCUGCUGGUGCUGUUAUCCUCAUAUUACUUAUCGUUAUAAUUCUAAUGUCUCGCACAAGGUCUAAAACUCAAACAAAAGCAAGGGAGGCUACUAAAACUGAUUUCUAGAAUGCUAAGAAGCUGUGUUUGCUACUACUGAUGUCCUAUUAUGCAAGCCUAGAAACUUUCUACUACUUCGUAAAAUUGCUUGACUAUAUGAUUUUAGUACUGAAAGAUGGCAUCUGGUUUAGUAUUAAAAAUGAUUUAUUUUCGUCAAAUUGCCAUCCCAACGAGGUAGAUUUAUUCGUUAAAAUAAAUCAGAGUGGUAUUAUGUAAUAUUAAAUAGGUAUAGCAAGCGAGCAGAAGAAUUAAAUUUUUUAUCACAAGGGUAUUAGCAUAAAUUAUAAGAUAAUCCUAAAUGCUU